GCGGCGGCGGCCGGAAGUGGAAGUGACACGCCGUGUGGCGCUGUCCUCGCAGGCAUGGCGGGCAGCGCGGAGGCGGCGCGGCUGGGCGCGGAGAUCGGCCGGCGGGAGCGGGAGCUGCGCGGCCUGCGGGAGCGCUUGGCCGCCCUCCUGGCGGUGGGACCCGCAGGGAACGCCGCGCUCACAGAAGAGGGAACCUCCGACUUUCCAGGCGAGCUGCCCCCUCUGCCCGCCCAGGCCUCGCUGAGCCCCGCCGACAUCCUGCGGUACAGCCGGCAGCUGGUGCUCCCCGAGCUGGGCGUGCGGGGGCAGCUGCUCCUGGCCCGCUGCUCCGUGCUGGUGGUGGGCUGCGGUGGGCUGGGCUGUCCCCUGGCCCAGUACCUGGCCGCAGCCGGCAUCGGCCGCCUGGGCCUGCUGGAUCACGACGUGGUGGAGACGAGCAACCUGCAUCGGCAGGUGCUGCACGGGGAGGCCCGCCAGGGGCUCCCCAAAGCUGUGUCUGCUGCAGCAGCGCUGCGGCUGCUGAACUCCACGGUGCAGUAUGUGCCCUACUGCGGGGCCCUGAGCCCUCGCACCGCGCUGGAGCUGGUGCGGCAGUACGACAUUGUCGCCGACUGCUCCGACAACGUGCCCACCAGGUACUUGGUGAAUGAUGCCUGUGUUCUGGCUGGGAAGCCCCUGGUGUCUGGCAGCGCCCUGAGGCUGGAGGGGCAGCUGGUGGUUUACAACUACCAGGGAGGGCCUUGCUACAGGUGUCUGUUCCCCAGGCCGCCCCCACCAGAGACUGUUACUAACUGUGCGGAUGGAGGAGUGUUGGGUGUCGUGCCAGGCAUCAUGGGGUGCAUCCAGGCCUUGGAAGUGCUGAAGAUUGCCUCGGGAAUGGGUUCUUCCUUCAAUCAGUUCAUGUUAAUGUUUGAUGCCCUCCAAGGGAGAUUUCGCAAUAUCAAGUUAAGACCAAAGAAACCAGACUGUGCUGUUUGUGGUGACAAUCCGUCUGUCACCUGCCUUCAGGAUUAUGAGGCAUUUUGUGGUUCUUCUGCAACAGACAAGUGUAGGACUUUACAUUUGCUGCCCAGUAAAGACAGAGUGUCUGUAGAGGAAUACAAAAAACUGUUGGAUGAGCAAGUUCCUCAUGUAUUGUUAGAUGUUCGUCCACAGGUAGAAGUGGAUAUCUGUCGCCUGGCACAUGCUGUCCACAUUCCUUUGAGUAAAUUAGAAGAUAAAGAUGAAGAAUAUCUGGAAUAUUUAGAGAAAAGAAUUUGUGAAGAAAAGCAGAGAACUAAUGGCCAAACACCUUUUCCUGUAUAUGUUGUUUGCAAAUUAGGAAAUGAUUCUCAGAAGGCUGUAAGAAUUUUGCAGGAGUUACCUGUCAAAGAAUUUGGUUCUGUGUUAGCUAAGGAUAUUAAAGGGGGGCUCAUGGCUUGGGCCAAUAAAAUUGACCCAACGUUUCCUCAGUAUUAGAAAUUCAAAUGGUGAAAAAAUUGGAAAUUUUCAUAGUAAAUUCCAUAGGGUUUCAUUUUUCUCUGUGUAAUGAGUGUCUUAUGUGGCUAAAACAGGAGAUAGAAACACAAUGUUGUUUUGUUUUAAUGGUAGUUUUUUUCCCCCAAAUAAUUAUGUAUUUUUUAAAAUGUCUGAUUAUUUUUGUAAAAAAUGUGAAAUUAUGCAUGGAAAUCUAAAGAAAUAUGUUUCUUGGUUAUUAUUUAAUAGUGAAAACUUGGGAUAACUACUUAAUUGUGCAUUGACAGUGACUCCUAAUUAGUAAUUAUAACCUGGAAGAAUGACAAAGCACAGCAGUCAAGUGUUAUUGCUUAUGUUCCUCACCGCCUAACAAAUUGAAACGGCGUGUGCGGUGAUUAUAAAAUAUAACUAACUGUCCAUCUCUAGCUGGUCGGUAGCACUAUUAACUCUGUCAUGAGGAAUUGCCAAGACAAUGCUGACAAGGCUGUUUGGGUCAACACCUUUUAGUUCUCUGUUUAUGAAGGAGAAGUGCUCACUGCAAAUAACAGCACCUGCAGCAAGGAUGUUCUGUUAAGAACUUCAAGAGCCAUCCAUCCUCAUUUCUUGGCUGGCAAAGAAGUUUAUUUACAUUUACAUAGUGACUUACAUAGAAAACCUGAUGUUAAAUGUUAAUAAGGCAUAAGUUUGAGCUCCAAAAGUUUGUAAAACACAAAAUGUUUUUGUGAGGGCUUAGGAAAUUUCAGAUUGAGAGAUGGGGAGGUGAGAAAAAAACCAGAUGUGUGUCCUCCCUUCUGCAAGUACAAAGAUGUAUUUCAUAAGCAUAUCCCCAGUUGUACUGCGUUAUUUUGUUUACUGGCAUGAAGAGCUACACACAUCUGAAAAGUUCUUGUAGACAAACUGAAUGAAAAGGAAGAGCAAUAAAUAGCUUCUCAACAGAAAGCUGCCUGAGUCCUCAUCACUUAAGCAUAGUAAUUAUCUUCUUAUUAAUUAAGGUAUGGAUUUCUUUUACUUUCUAAGGAGAAAAAAACCACUUGUCAUGACUAAUCUUUGCAUUAUAAAAGGGCAAAAAAUAGUAUCAUUAUAAUUAGUAGUCAAAAAGGUGUAUUUUAAUAAAAUAAAUCUGAGAACAUCCA